GAUACAUUGAAAGCUUUGAUAAAAGAAAAAUAUAGAUCAGGAAUAGGUUAAGCUCAAGGAACUAUAAUGAUCACCCUUGAGUCAAGGUUACUCAGUCCAAUAAUAUUCGCUUUUACUACGGCAGAAGUUAUUUCUUGAUCCCGCUUGUGAUUCGAAGUGUUAACGAUGGAUUUUCAAAACGCCGCGGUUCAGAAUAAAAAUUCUACAAUUGGAAAGGAUAUCACACCAAUAUCGAAACCUCUUACAACAAGCUACCUCAAGACAGAGUUCAGUAUUGAACCUACUAACGAAACAAUAUUUGACAGAUUCAAACGAUGUGUAAAGUCAUCACCAGACAAAGAGGCAUUGGUUAUUGCUGAUGUAGACCCUGCAAAACGCCAAGCAGUGACCUUCAAGGACUGUGACGAUCUGUCUGAUAACCUUGCCGCACGUUUGAUCAAAGAAGGCGUAGGCAUCAAAGAUGCAGUUGCCGUAUUGAUUCCUAAUUGUACGGAGUUUAUUGUGAGCUGGAUGGCAUUGCUGAAGUGUCACGUUUACCCCGCAUUUGUGUCGUUCAACAUGACAAACGGCGAUGAUUUGAAAUACGUCUUAAAUGAACUAAAGGCUGUCGGUAUAAUCCUUCACACGGGGGUAGCGGAUGAAUACUAUGGAAUCAUCAAAAGCGUAUUUGGCAAAUUUCUGAACUCCAAACAUGACCCAGAUAUCCCAAAUCUAAAGUUUCUGAUCGCCUUAGGGAGUCGACCUUUCGAUGGAGCGAUACCAUACGACGACAUGAUCCGUAGAACAACUGAACUAGGACGUGAAGCGUUGCAAAAACGAGUCGCCACAGUUACUGCUGAUAGCCCUUGUGUGAUUUUACAAACAUCAGGAUCAUCAGGUCGUCCCAAACUCGUCGUACAUCGCCAUUUCAGUAGCAACGGUUUCCUUUUUGUAGCAGCUCGAUAUCACUUGUCAAAAAAUGAUCGCUAUUUUUGUGAUCGGCCAUUGACGUGGGCUGGAGGUUUCACUGGAAUAAUCGUUGCUUGUAUUGUCGGAACGACUGCCGUUACCAUAGAUACAACGAUAUCGGUCGCUAAAAGAGAUGUCAACUCGAUCUUAAAAAUAAUUUCUCGGGAAAAGUGCACCAAGGGUCUAAUGAUGCCCUAUAUGUUGUAUGAUAUGCUCGAACUACCAUCAGUUGAAAAGUACAAUCUGGAAGCAUUUACGAAAUUCUUGACCGCAGGGCAGCGCAUACCGAGGGUUUUGGUUGAAAAGAUCUUCAAGAAUUUGCCCAAAGCCAGUAUGGUUGUUGCGUAUGGAUCAACCGAAAUGUGGUGGGUUUCCAGCCAAUUUCAUGAUGCUACUCCAGAUAUAGUAGAGGACCAAAUGGAAACUAUUGGCUAUCCUUUUCCUGGUUUCGAAGUUAAGAUAACUGAUGAGAACGACCAGGUGGUACCCAUAGGAACCCCGGGUAACAUUAAAACGAAAAGCCAACAAAUGUUUAUUGGUUAUUUCAACGACGAAAAGAAAACAAAUGAAAAAAUAAAAGAUGGGUGGUUUAAUAUGGAGGACUUUGGGUAUAUCACCGAAAAGGGAUAUCUUGUCUUCACAAGUAAAAAGUGUGACAUGAUAAAACGUGGAACCGUCCUCAUAGCUCCCGGGAGCAUAGAAAACGUUAUUCUGGAUCAUCCAGUCGUCAGCAAGGUCAUUGUUGUGGGGGUCCCUGAUCCUAGACUUUAUGAGGAGUUAUGCGCAUGUGUCGUACUUCACCCUGGUGAAUCUAGAACAGAAAGGGAUAUAAUUGACUAUUGUAACGAAAGAUUCACUGAACAAACUCUUGAUGGACUGUCACUAACGCCAAAGUUUGUCAUCAUAAUGGAUGACUUUCCGAAAUUGCCGAAUGGCAAACCGGAUAAAAUUAGCCUUAAGAUGAUGGCGGCAGAAAAGUGUGGUAUUUAGUUUCCUAAGCACAAAGUUGCUUGGCGAUAAACUUUAGAUGAAUUUCUGUUUUCCUUAUUUCACAAGAUCUGGUAACGAAUUGGAAGGGAGAGAAAGUAUUAAUUGUUGGAAACAAUAAUGACGCCAGAAAAAUAAAAAAUAUAUUCAAGCCAGCUUUUUAUAGUGAGUGAAGUAGAAAACCCAAACUCUUAGAAAAAGUAAAAUGCCAAGCGUAUCUUUUAUAUUCAAUAUGUAAUCCAUGCCACAAAGGAAAAGUUGAGCGUGUUUCAAGGCGAUCGCAUAUAAGCAUUUGACUCGGACGCUAUUACCUAUAAAAUGUCCAAAUAUAUCUAUAAAGGCAACAUCGUAAAUGUCUAUAAUGGCAAAUAUAUCGUGUUGUUUCGUUAAUUUGCAAUUGAUGCAAGUGAAGUAAAUUGUCUAGUUAGCUCAUUUUUAUAUAGGUGUUCAUCCAGAUUCAAGGCACUUACUCUUUUUUACUGCAGACCCUUUUAUGGUAAUCAGAGUGGUUUAAGUCGACCGUAUUGGGACAGAGAGCAGUCCAAUGAUGGUAACGAUACAAGUUUGAAGAGUGAAAUUGUAUAUAAAGCAAUUAUGAUGUUGCCUCAAAAACC